GUCACGUGGGGCGCAGUCUUGUGACCGGCCGCGAGCGCAGCGGCGCGGGGCGCUCGGGGAGGGGCCGCCCGCGCGCCAGGGGCCGCUCACACACCUCUCCCCCCCCACCCCCCGCCGGUGCCUCGCGCCCGGCCCCGGAUGCGCGGGACGCCGCCGGCGGGGCGCUCGCGCCGCCGCUGAGCUCCGGCGCCCCCGGGCGGGGCGGAGGGGCGGCGCCCGCCAAGUUGGGCGCUGAGGCGAGGGCGCCGCUUUCUCUUCGCCCUCCCGGCGCUCGCCGCUCCGCGGGCAGGCAGCGCCGCCGCCCCCAGCAUGGACAACAAGCCCCUGCUGCAGGAGCGGCCCCCCGCCUACAGCCCCGCCGCGCAGGGCGCGGGCUACGACUACGGGCAGAGCAACUACGGCGCCAUCCCCGCCCCGCAGCCCGGCUUCCAGCCGCCCCCGCCGUACCCCUACCCGGGCGCCGCGGCCGCCGCAGGGUAUGCUGUUCCUCCACCGACAUCACAGCCAAACUAUUCGAGCACGUACACCAUUAUUCAACAGCCUGUUACCACCACUUCUGUAGUAGUAGUUGGUGGCUGUCCUGCCUGCAGGGUUGGCGUGUUGGAGGACACCUUCACCUGUCUUGGUGUUCUGUGUGCCAUUGUAUUCUUUCCAAUUGGGAUUCUGUUCUGUCUUGCACUGAGGCAGAGAAGAUGCCCUAAUUGUGGGGCAGCUUUUGGUUAAUGGGAUGAACGUGGACAUGCUUAUGGAAGCUACAACUGUUAGCAUACUCUUUCUAAUGUAAAUGUCAUGUACAAUCAUUUUAUUUGCUUCAGACCUGUUUUGUAAAGUGUGAAGAAAUUUAGUCUCUUGCAUGUAAUUUAAACUUAAUCUUUUAUGAGCAUGUGCAUCGCAAAACAUGAAAACCCGACUUGUUUUCCAUGUUUAGUGGCACCUGUUGAAAACUAAAUAAAACUGCUUUUCCUUUUGCAAUCCUCAA